AUGGAACAAAAAGCUGGUGAAUCAAAUAAUGAUCUUUUAUCAAGUAGUGGUGUCACAUCCAAUGGAGGUUCUUCAAGUCCAUUUUUUAUGUCAUCUAUUCGUGGUACAAUAAUUGAAAACACAUCUUCAGCUGGGACAUUGACACAAAUUCCUUUUUUCCCCAAAUACGAAGUGGAACUUGAUUCUCCUAGAAAAGUCAUCCCAUACCCUGGAAAGGAACACAUUGAACGUGUUUUGGAAGAAUAUUCACAUCAAGUCAAAGAUCUGCAGAGAAGACUAAAUGAAAGCAAUGAAUUGCGUGAGAAACAAAAGUUUUACUUAAGGCAGUCAGUCAUUGAUUUGCAAACAAAACUUCAAGAGAUGCAAAUGGAGAGAGAUGCCAUGGCUGACAUCAGACGAAGGGAGAGUCAGUCCCAGGAGGAUUUAAGAAAUCAGCUUCAAAAUACAGUUCAUGAACUUGAAGCUGCCAAAUGCCUUAAGGAGGACAUGCUGAAAGAUAGCAACGCACAAAUAGAGCAGCUGAGAAAGAUGAUGCUUGGCCAUGAGGGAGUGCUUCAAGAAAUCCGAUCAAUCCUAGCUGACUUUGAAGAAGCCUCAGGCAAGAAAAUAUAUGAACACGAGAGCGUGUCUACUCUCCACUUCCGCAACAUGGGCUCGGCUAUUAGUAAAAUCCUAAGAGAAUUAGACACAGAGAUUUCUUAUCUUAAAGGGAGGAUAUUUCCAGUAGAGGAUCAGCUUGAAGCACUGAAGUCUGAAUCACAGAAUAAAAUAGAAUUGCUUCUUCAACAACAUCAAGAUAGGAUUGAGCAGUUAAUAAGUGAACAUGAAAUCGAAAUAACAGGACUUACCGAGAAAGCUAGCAGUGCUCGAAGUCAAGCCAAUAGCAUCCAGAGUCAACUGGAAAUCAUUCAAGAACAAGCAAGAAACCAAAAUUCAAUGUAUAUGCGCCAGCUCAGUGAUCUGGAAUCUACUGUUUCUCAGCUACGUUCUGAGUUAAGAGAAGCCAAAAGGAUGUAUGAAGACAAGAUAGAAGAGCUUGAAAAGCAGUUAGUCCUUGCCAACUCAGAGCUAACCGAGGCACGGACAGAACGUGACCAGUUCAGUCAGGAAUCUGGAAAUUUGGAUGAUCAGCUUCAAAAGCUGUUGGCUGAUCUACAUAAAAGAGAGAAGGAGCUGAGUCUGGAGAAGGAGCAGAAUAAGCGUCUGUGGGACCGGGACACGGGCAACAGCAUCACCAUUGACCACCUGCGGCGGGAGCUGGACGACAGGAACAUGGAGGUGCAGCGCCUGGAAGCCCUCCUCAAGGCCAUGAAGAGCGAGUGUCAGGGCCAGAUGGAACGGCAGAUGGCAGCAAUUCAGGGAAAGAAUGAAAGUCUAGAAAAAGUGUCCUCCUUGACUGCUCAGCUUGAAUCCACCAAAGAGAUGCUCCGCAAAGUGGUGGAAGAGUUGACCGCCAAGAAGAUGACCCUGGAGAGCUCAGAGAGGACCGUAUCGGACCUGACCGCUUCACUCCAGGAAAAAGAGAGAGCCAUUGAGGCUACCAAUUCAGAGAUCACAAAGCUGCGCUCCCGGGUGGACUUGAAAUUGCAGGAGCUACAGCACUUGAAAACAGAGGGAGAUCACCUCAGAAACGUGCAGACCGAGUGUGAGGCCCUCAGGCUACAGAUGGCAGAGAAGGACAAGGUGAUCGAGAUUUUGCGACAGCAGAUUGAAAACAUGACACAGCUGGUUGGCCAGCAUGGACGAACUGCUGGCGCCAUGCAAGUAGAAAAGGCUCAGCUCGAGAAGGAGAUCAAUGAUAGGAGACUGGAGCUACAGGAAUUCAAGAUUUUAAAAGAUAAAAAAGAUGCAAAGAUACGGGAGCUUGAGGCCCGAGUGAGUGACCUGGAGCUGGAAAAGGUGAAGCUGGUUAAUGCAGGCUCUGAGAGGCUCCGUGCAGUGAAGGACAUCAAACAGGAGAGAGAUCAGUUAUUAAAUGAGGUGAAAACUAGUAGGAGUGAGUUAAACAGUCUUACAGAGGACUAUGAAGUCUUAAAAAGGAAUUUUCGAAACAAAACUGAAGAAAUGGAAGCUACUACAAAUAAACUGAAAAUGCAAUUAAAAUCUGCACAGUCUGAACUUGAACAAACAAGAAAUACAUUAAAGUCAAUGGAAGGAUCCGAUGGUCAUGCUAUGAAAGUGGCAAUGGGGAUGCAAAAGCAAAUCACAGCUAAAAGAGGUCAAAUAGAUGCCCUUCAGAGCAAGAUACAGUUUUUGGAAGAGGCAAUGACAAAUGCAAAUAAGGAAAAGCAUUUUCUAAAAGAAGAGAAGAAUAAAUUGAGCCAGGAACUGAGUACGGUUGCAACAGAAAAAAACAAGAUGGCUGGAGAGCUGGAGGUCCUGAGAUCCCAGGAACGCCGUUUGAAAGAAAAGGUUGCUAAUAUGGAAGUAGCUCUUGAUAAGGCAUCUUUGCAGUUUGCAGAAUGUCAAGAUAUCAUACAGCGUCAGGAACAAGAAUCUGUGCGCCUAAAACUUCAACACACUUUGGAUGUAAAAGAACUUCAGGGCCCUGGAUACACCUCAAAUACUUCUGUGAAGCCUCGCAUUCUACAGCCAUCCUCAGCUGUGCGUUCUCAUUCUAACGUACCGUCAUCCCAGUCCACAGCCAGCUUCCUGUCUCAUCACUCUAUGAAACCUAACAUAUUGAAGGAAGAUCCAACAAGGGACUUGAAACAGCUUCUCCAAGAGUUGAGAAGUGUGAUCAACGAGGAACCAGCUGUGCCUCUGGGCAAGCCCGAAGAGGAAGGGAGAACACCAUCCGUGGGGGUCUCCUACGUGGCUGUAGAUGAUAGAGUAAGAGGUUGCAUUACUGAAUCAAGCCUGAGGUUAGAGAGAUGCCUUAGAAGCAACAACUCAUUAAGGGACUCCACUGAAGGUAGCAAAUCCAGUGAUACUCUCAGCAGAGAGCCCGUCACAUUACACACAGGAGACUUGGAAGAUCCAUCUAGUUGCUUUACAUUCCCAUCCACAGCAAGUCCAUCUGUGAAAAAUUCAGCUUCUCGUUCAUUCCAUUCUUCUCCUAAGAAGUCUCCAGUUCACUCACUCCUAACUAGUUCAGUUGAAGAUUCGGUGGGUUCCACAUCACAAUAUAGAUCCACCAAACCUGUUCAUUCACCUGAUCCUGUUAAAGCUUCACAGUCUCAGCCAAUAGAAACAACAGGAAAAACAUGCAGGAAGCUUCAGAACAGACUGGAAAGCUUGCAAACUCUGGUAGAAGAUUUACAGAUGAAGAACCAAGCAAUGUCUUCAAUGAUCAGAAAUCAAGAAAAGAGGAUACAGAAAGUGAAAGACCAGGAAAAAAUGUUACUAAAAUGA